AUGGAGUCCGCCAUAGAGUUGCCACGGCAUAUCAUCCGCAAACAAGUGGAGUCCAAUAGAGAAAUAAAGCAAAUAUUGGAGAAGGCGGUGAGUGUUAAUAGGAAGGAUUGGGCUGCGAAGUUAGAUGAUGCCUUGUGGGCAUAUAGAACUGUAUACAAAACACAAAUUAGGGCGUCGUCGUAUAAGCUUGUCUAUGGGAAGGCAUGUCACUUGCUUGUUAAACUUGAACACAAGGCGUACUGGGCCAUUAAAAAGUUGAAUAUGGACCUUGAAGUCGCGGGCGAGAAGAGACUCUUGCAGUUGAAUGAGUUAGAUGAGUUCAGGCUGCACUCUUAUGAAAAUGCUAAGCUUUACAAAGAGAAAAUGAAAAGACGGCAUGGCAAGCGUAUUAAGCCACGUCACUUCGAACCAGGCCAACAGGAAUUAUUGUUCAAUUAUAGGCUCAAGUUGUUUCUUGGGAAGUUAAAAUCGAGAUGGUCAGGUCCAUUUGAGGUAGUGAGAGUCACUCCUUAUGGUGCAAUUGAGUUGCGCGCUUUACAUGGAGAAAGGAAAUUUUUAGUGAAUGGACACAGAGUCAAGCACUACUGGGGAGGAAUCAUUGAUCGUGAGAAGACCAAAGUAAUACUCGCUGAUGAGUAA